CCACAUCCAAGAUUGUUCCGCAUUUAACGCGUUCGUACUCUUCGCGCAGGUAGAAGGAACGCUUCUUAAAGAGGGGGCCCCAUGGAGGCGAACGGCACCGCUACCAUCCUGGCCUCGGCCUACCUGGCUGCAGAAUAUAUGGACUCGCUACUCCCUGUCAACCCCCUGCAGGAGCCGCUGAGGCAGGCGUGGAGCCACAUGCUGGAGAACUACAGCAAGUUCCAGAUUGCCACGUGGGGCUCGCUCAUCGUGCAUGAGCUGGUCUACUUUCUGUUCUGUCUGCCGGGCUUCCUGUUCCAGUUCAUGCCGUUCAUGCAGAAAUACAAGAUUCAGCAAGAUAAACCAGAGACUUGGGAAAAGCAGUGGAAAUGCUUGAAGGUCAUCAUUUUUAAUCACUUCUGCAUCCAGUUGCCUAUGAUCUGUGGCACAUACUACUUCACUGAAUACUUCAGCAUCCCUUACGACUGGGACUCCAUGCCCCGCUGGUCAUACCUGCUCACCCAGUGUUUCGGCUGUGCCGUGAUCGAAGACACAUGGCAUUACUUCCUCCACCGAGCCCUCCACCACCGCCGAAUCUACAAACACAUCCACAAAGUGCACCAUGACUUCACUUCUCCGUUUGGGUUGCAGGCUGAAUAUGCCCACCCCUUGGAGACGGUGAUUCUUGGGGCAGGUUUCUUCAUCGGUAUCAUGGUGUUCUGCAAUCAUGUGGCCCUUCUUUGGGCCUGGGUCACUCUUCGGCUGCUGGAGACCAUUGAUGUGCACAGUGGCUAUGACAUCCCUCUCAACCCCCUGCACCUGAUACCUUAUUACGCUGGGGCUCGCUUCCAUGACUUCCACCACAUGAACUUUGUGGGAAAUUACGGCUCCACCUUCACCUGGUGGGACAGGCUCUUCAACACUGAUGCCCAGUUCCACAGUUACAUGCAGAAACAGGACCUGAAGAAAGAGGAGUAGCACACAUGAAGACAAGCACACUUCUCUCUAAUAUAUUUAAAAUUGGACUGAACAGAUGUCAGUGAAUCAGUACCAGCACCCUGAAGUUCAUCUGUUGAACUUUUAAGGAAAAAGGCCAAGCCCCAACACACAGUCACACACAUACACAUACACACACACACACACAGUCACACAUACACACACACACAGUCACACACACACACACACACAGACACACACACUGUUGACAAAUUGUUUUGUGGUGCCUAUACCUCAGUUGUACAGAAUACAAUAGGCUGUUGUGAUCUGAGGAUGAGGAAACUGUUGGGUUUGUUUUCUGUCGAUGUCAUUAAUCAGUACUGAAGACAUUCAUCACUGAUAAAUAAUGAUGACUUCAUUCCACAAUGCACUUUAUAUUUCCUAUGUAUAAAAAGCUUUACCUUUUUAAUAUUUCCCUCUUAACUAGGUUUCUGUGGGUAAAAAAUCAAACAGAAGAUUUUUGGAUAGAAUAAUGUAUAUCCAAAACUCAUAGAAAUGCAUUUUUAAAAGUAAUUUUAAUAAAAGAAAAUUAAUAUAUACAAUUUCUGAUGUGUUGGAUAUAUUGUCCUUUAGGCUGUACACAUGAAAGACUGA